GAGCCAAUAAGGUGCAUUAGAAUCCGUUCAAGAUACAGUCUUUCGUGUGCAUUGCGCGACUUCCGUUAUGAGGAAUGUGGCUGCGGUGAUUUUGUUACUUUUUGCCAAUUUCGAGUCGGACAACGGACAGGGAUAUGAGGUCAGAAAUCCGUACUUUCAUUUUCCCAACGGAAGUCCUUAUAUGGGGAUUCUUACCGCCUUCGCCAUUCCACUAAAACUACAAGCUCCAGGCGACAUCUUUAUUGCGGUUAAUUUUGAGGCGUCUUACAACCUACCUCAGAACCAGACCUAUUUUACUUGGCCUCCGAUUGUAGGCAACGCAACAGCUCGCCAGGUUUUAUACAGUUUUUUCGAGAAAAAACUGGAAAGUCAUGGUUACCCAGGGAGGGCGUGUCUUCUAAGAGCAAUUUGUGAAGGAACUGAAUAUUCGACCUACGGAACAGGGGUUCUAGGAGAUAUUAUUCAUAUCAUCUUAACUCCAUCUUCAUCUGUAAAUGCUGAGUUAUUGGAGGAAUACGAGGAAGCGGAAUUACAGGCAAGGAAAAAGGGAAAGUGCAAGAAAUUUCACAAAACCUGUAAAUUUAGUAUAUUGAACUUGUUUACUUGGGUCGGAACUAUAUUCGGACGAAACGGUUUAAUAAAAACUCCAAUUCUAAAAUAA